UUAAGGUGAUAUUUUGAUACGGGCGACUGUAUUUUUGCUAUAAAAUCGCGGAACGCGAUUUGUUGUUUUCAGUUUUCACAAUAACUUUUAGUACGUUUUAUAUCAGUAUAAUAUAGUUUUAGAAAAAUGAAAUUUGCAGUUCAGGUUUUUAUUGUAGCCUUCAUGUUGGCCCUAACCUACGCUAAUCCAGUACCAGAAGCCUCUCCCCAAUUCGGAGGCGGCUUUGGGGGAGGCUACGGAGGAGGCUAUGGAGGCGGACAUUAUGGACCAGGAGGCGGCCAUUUUGGACCCGGAGGUGGCUUUGGAGGUUAUGGAGGGAAUCAUUACCACCACGGAGGUUAUGGUGGGGGAUAUGGCGGACACCAUGGAGGCUAUGGUGGCUAUGGAGGACACGGAUUCCAUGGUUGAGUAGUAAGAAAAUUACUCUGUACUAUAUAACGUUAAUUAAGUUAUUUUUUUUUUAAUAAAAUAUUUAUAUUAGUGGA